AUGUCCCGUGGCGUCCAGUCAUCCCACCUCAGACAGGUGCCCGUGCGCAGGACAAGGAAAGCUCACAUCAGGCAGGGCCACGCAGCAUUCCCCGAGGAGCAGCCCCUAUCCCAGCCUCAUGUGGCACACAAGGGACCAUGUUCCCUCUCACAGGUGUCCAGGAUGCUGGCGUUGUGCCUGCUGUCCCUGGCCUGGCUCAGCGAGGGCUCCCAGCGCAGCGAGCCCAUGUUUGCAGCCGUCACCCACCGCCUUCUCCCGCCCGACUACGACAGCAAUCCCACACAGCUCAACUAUGGCGUGGCUGUCACCGACCUGGAUGCCGAUGGUGACUUCGAGAUUGUGGUGGCAGGGUACAAUGGCCCCAACCUGGUGCUCAAGUAUGACAAGGCACAGGGGCGGCUGGUGAACGUGGCAGAGGAUGAGCGGGGCUCCCCGUACUAUGCACUGCGGGACCGGCAGGGCAACGCCAUCGGUGUGACAGCCUGCGACAUCGACGGCGAUGGCCGCGAGGAGAUCUACUUCCUAAACACCAACAAUGCCUUCUCUGGCAUGGCCACCUACACAGACAAGCUCUUCAAGCUCCGCAAUGGGCGCUGGGAGGACAUCCUGAGUGACGAGGUGAACCGGGACGUGGCCAGCCGCUUUGCUGGGCGGUCUGUUGCCUGCGUGGACCGGACGGGCUCCGGCAGGUACUCCAUCUACAUCGCCAACUAUGCCAGCGGCAACGUGGGCCCCCAUGCCCUGAUUGAGAUGGAUGUGGCUGCCAGUGACCCUGCCCGCGGUGUCGUGGUGCUGGUGGAUGUGGCCGCCCAGGCUGGCGUCAGCAAGUACACAGGUACACCCGGCUUCUGUGGCCCUGCGGAGGGGACUCGCGGCAGGGCACGGCGAGCCCGGACGCGGCCCCGGAGAGGGGCUGCGAGGGAAGACCGCUGCUGGGCGUCCCGGCGAGUGCCGGACACGGAGAUCUUUGGGAUGCGGCUGUAG